UAUGGCGAUUCAGCUGGAGGAGGAAGCUAGUGAAGCUCAAGGAUGUGCUGAAGGAGUUACCCUCUCCUCAUUACAGUUCCUGAUGUGUCACCUUAUCAAGAUGGCUUCUUAUUCCUCACACACCAACAUGUAUAACCGGAAGCUCAACAUUGUUUGGGCUCCAAACCUUCUCAGGUCAAAAGACAUUGAGGCGUCAGGGUUUAAUGGUACAGCAGCCUUUAUGGAGGUGAGGGUUCAGUCCAUCGUGGUGGAAUUCAUCCUCACCCACGUGCCCCAGCUGUUUCCUGAUUCAGACUCCUUAUAAAGGUAAUGCUCCGGAGCGUCGUAAGUCGCUCCCAUCUCCCUCUAUACACAAUCCAGAAGAGCCUUUCUUCCGGACCAUUCCAUUCCAGUUAGUCAACAUCAGCCCAGGGGACGCCCCCACUGUGCAACUGGGUCCUUGACUUUGACGGGCCGCCCCCAGGUGGUGAAGGUAGGU